AUGUCGUCCACGGCGUUCGUCCCCUUCAGCGAGCCUCCGUACAUCGUCGGUCUGCCGUCGCCAUACUACCAAGAAACACAUUUGCGAUGGCAAAAGGCGUGUCGCAAGUUUGUGGAUGAGCAUCUGCUUGAGAAGGCGCUAGAGUGGGAUACCGCGGAGACAUUGCCUGAGCAUGUCUUUGAGACGUUUGCGAAGAACGGCAUGCUGCUGCCCACCUUGCCAGCGCCGUUGCCCGUGGAUAUAUUGAAGAACCUCGGGAUCCAUGAUAUCCUUGGUGUCGUCAAAGUUGAGGAGUGGGACUACAUUCACACCAUGAUAUAUGCGGAUGAGAUGGCACGCACUGGUCUUACAGGCCCAUCAGGAUCUUUGACAACUGGCAUGUCGUUCGGUGUACCGCCCAUUAUCAAGUACGGCAACAAGCAAUUGCAGGACCGUUUCCUCCCCGAACUUCUAACUGGCAAGAAGCGCACUUGUAUUGCAAUCACCGAGCCUGAAGCCGGUUCAGACGUCGCGAAUAUCACCACGACAGCUAUAAAGACACCAAAUGGCAAGCACUACAUUGUGAACGGUACGAAGAAGUGGAUCACAAAUGGCAUAUGGUCAGAGUACAGCUCAAUGGCUGUGCGAACAGGCGGACCAGGACCAGCUGGUCUAUCGAUGCUUGUCGUGCCAUUGAAAGGCAACAAGGGCGUCAAUAUGCGCCGAAUCAAGGUUGGCGGUCAAGUCUCUGCAGGAACCACAUUCAUCGAGCUCGACGACGUCAAAGUACCCGUGGAGAACCUCAUUGGCGAGGAAGGCAUGGGCAUGAGAUACAUCAUGACAAACUUCAACCACGAACGACUCUCGAUUGCAAUCGGUGCAACCCGCCAGUCUCGCGUCGCGCUCAGCGCAGCUAUGGAAUACGUCCUCAAGCGCGAGGCGUUCGGAAAGCCGCUCAUCGACCAGCCCGUUGUACGACACCGUCUCGCAAAGGCUGGCGCCCUUCUCGAAAGUCAAUGGGCGUGGGUAGAGCAGUUUGUCUACCAAAUGACUAAACUUCCCAAAGCGACAGCGGAUGUCGAGCUCGGUGGUCUCACAGCCAUGGUCAAAGCACAGAGUGGCAUUGUACUGAACGAGUGUGCGCAAUGUGCGCAACUGCUCUUUGGUGGAAAUGGAUACACAAAGAGCGGGCAGGGCGAAUUGAUCGAGAGUGAGUUUUCUCGAGCAUGA